GGUGGUCCGCCAUCGUCGACGGCGGUAGGGCCGAGCCUCACUACCUCCAUCUUCGACACCCAUCUUGGUCUCGCAUCCUUCAGCUGGUCCCGAACCCUCCUCGGCCUCUUCCUCCGAGCUAACCUCCACCUCUCCCCCACCUCUUCUCUAGACGAUGAAAACGAUAAUGACGACAACGCCUUCUUCUUCCAAAUCCGCCCCUGGUUUUUCUGGAAGCGAAAGGGCACUCGCCGGUUCCACCUCCAUGAGCAUCUCGCCCACCGUAUCGUCGAUGUUGCUUGGGAUCUCACACGCGCCAGGUUCCCUUCCACCGGCGGCCCUGAACCCUCCUCCAAUUUCUACGUUUCUGUUGCAGUCGAUGGGGAGAUGAUACUCCUCAUCGGUGACAUGGAAGAGGAGGCUCACCGGAAAAUGAAGGCGACGAGGCGAACGCCUGCAAUUCCGAUUUCGAAAAGGGAGCACGUGUUAUUAAAACCGGAUGCAAGUGCCGGCGGUAGAAGAUCGUACCGUACAUCAGCUAGGGUUUCAGGAAGGGAACGCGAAAUAACCAUUGAGAUCGGAGGGAUGGAUAAGGAUUCAUCGGGGAUGUGCGUCUGUUUGGACGGGAUGAAGGUUCUCCAUGUAAAGCGUCUCCGAUGGAAGUUCAGGGGAAGAGAGCGGGUCGAGAUCGACGGAAUCGGAAGGAUCCAGAUAUCAUGGGAUCUACACAGCUGGCUAUUUUCAUCGAAGGAAGGCACUACCUCCGCCUCACUCGCCGGAGCCGCCGCCGCCGCCGGCGAGAUCGGUCAGGCCGUAUUUUUCUUCAGAAAAAUCGUGAUUCAACAUCCUAUAGUUGUGAAUCAUGCUACAAGCAAGAAGAGGAGUAACCCAAGGAGUAGAAACAAAUAACAGAGACACUGACAUCAUGUACUGCACCCGAGAAUUUGUGACCAGACAAAUUUAGGAGUUGAAGGAUCAAAUUUUGGAUGUCAUCUGAGGCGCGCUGACACAGAAGAGAGAUAAUUAGCUUUGGGAUGAAGGGCCAGUGCCCAAUGGCAAAAGAGUUUCCCCGGCCUUGGAGAGGGAAGGCAACUUCCAAUACUUUGAUAGUGGUGGGUCAACACCAAUCAACCGACAUUGAUUCGAGUGUAAUGAAGCUCCUAGUCAGCCCAAAAAUGCGUUCUCGUUGCAAAUCUCUGAUGUGAACCCGCAUAAUGAUUCAAGUGCAAUGAAGCUCCUAGUCAGCCCAAAAAAGGGUUCUCGUUGCAAAUCUCCGAUGCGAACCUGCAUAAUGAUUCAAGUUUCCAUCAUUGGAGUCUUACAAGGCACAAAUCAAUCUGACUAAACACAUUGCCUUGUUUAAAUCAAUUGUGUUUGCUAAAAAUCACGACACACUAAAGUGUCAUCUUUUUUUUUUUACCACGUUGAAGGUGUUAGGUGUGGAGAUGGUUAAAAGAAAAAAAAAAUUAAAACCCCGCACGUAUUUCUUCCGCUCCCAAUCCCGACUCCCGUCUUCUGCUCCCAUUUUCGCGAAACAAAAAAAAAAUGCUCCCAUUUU